AUGGGGACGACAAGAGAAGGGCAAAAUCUGACCAAGCUUACAGAAACGGCGUCGAUGUUGCUAUUCUUCAUGCGGGUAAACAUCAAACAAACUCUGUGCGGAAAAACAACUUGUUGUAGUCCAGCAAAAGUUGCGGGAAAGGGGGGACAACUAACCGCAUGGAAUUGUGCUACCUACAGUAUAAUUGGGCUUUGUUUCUUUGAUACAGACGAGCAACUCAUUCUUAUAAUAAAAACUGACCAUCUACUAAUCCAAUCUGAUCACCACGACGUUCUUAGCAUAGAGAUCGUACAAUUCGUACAAGUGGUUUGGGGGGAAGCCUUGUAUUCCUACCAAGUUUCAUUUUUGGUAGCACAAAAGGAGCUACCUCGAUAUAUACAGCAAUAUAGAUGUUUCACGUACACUUUGGUAUUUUUCAGUUCUCACGAUAUUGAUUAUGAGUGUGUAUUUUUUUUUCUCAUAUUUUUGUGUUUUCUGAUAAAUAUUAGCAGCAUGAAAUUUUUCAAGCCAUUUUUUUUUUUUUUUAAAAGGAAAGAAAAAAAAAAACUUCCUAACUGA